GAACCAGCGUGCACCUGGAAACAUGGCUCUGAGCUUCUGGCCCAUGCUGUUGUUGCUGCUGCUGACCUGUGCAGUGACUCUAGCCCCUCCUGGGCCUCAGUCCCUGGAUCAUGGUCUCUCCCUCCUGAAGUCAUUCCUCUCUUCUCUGGACCAGUCUCCUCAGGGUUCUCUCAGCCGCUCUCGGUUCUCUGCCUUCUUGGCCAACAUUUCCUCUUCCUUUGAGCGGGGGAGGACGGGGGAGGGACCAGUGGGAGAGCCCCCACCUCUCCAGCCCCCUGCCCUCCGCCUCCAUGAUUUUCUAGUGACACUAAGAGGCAGCCCAGACUGGGAGCCAAUGCUAGGGCUACUGGGGGAUGUGCUGGCACUGCUGGGCCAGGAGCAAACUCCCCGGGACUUCUUGGUGCACCAGGCAGCUGUGCUAGGUGGACUGGUGGAGGUGCUGCUGGGAGCCUUAGUGCCUGGGGGGCCUCCUGCCCCUACACGGCCCCCGUGCACCCGCGACGGGCCCUCGGACUGUGUCCUCGCUGCUGACUGGUUGCCUUCUCUGCUGCUGCUGUUAGAGGGCACACGCUGGCAGGCCCUGGUGCAGGUGCAGCCCGGUGUGGACCUCAUCAAUGCCACAGGUCUCGAUGGAAGGGAGCCAGGCCCCCAUCUGCUGCAGGGUCUGCUGGGCUUGCUUACCCCAACAGGGGAGCUGGGCUCUGAUGAGGCCCUUUGGGGUGGUCUGCUACGCACAGUGGGGGCCCCCCUCUAUGCUGCUUUCCAGGAGGGGCUGCUUCGUAUCACUCACUCCCUCCAGGACGAAGUCUUUUCCCUUCUGGGCCAGCCAGAGCCUGAUGCCACUGGGCAGUGUCAGGGAGGUAACCUUCGGCAGCUGCUGCUGUGGGGCAUCCGGCACAACCUUUCCUGGGAUGUCCAGGCGCUGGGCUUUCUGUCUGGAUCACCACCCCCACCCCCUGCCCUCCUGCACUGCCUGAGCUCGGGCGUGCCUCUGCCCAGGGCCUUCCAGCCCUCGGCCCACGUCAGCCCUCGCCAACGGCGAGCCAUCUCUGUGGAGGCCAUCUGUGAGAACCAUUCAGGUCCAGUUCCACCCUACAGCAUUUCCAACUUCUCCAUCCACUUGCUCUGCCAGUAUACCAGGCCUAUGACCCCACAGCCACCUCCAAGCACCGCUGCCGUCUGCCAGACAGCUGUGUGGUAUGCAGUCUCGUGGGCACCAGGUGCUCAAAGCUGGCUACAGGCUUGCCACGACCAGUUUCCUGAUCAGUUUCUGGAUGCAAUCUGUAGCAACCUCUCCUUUUCGACCCUGUCUGGUCCUAACCGCCGCCUGGUAAAGCGGCUCUGUGCUGGCCUGCUCCCACCCCCCACCAGCUGUCCUGAUGGCCUGGUCCCUGUACCCCUCACCCCAGAGGUUUUCUGGGGCUGCUUCUUGGAGAAUGAGACUCUGUGGGCUGAGCGGCUAUGUGUAGAGGCGAGUCUGCAGGCUGUGCCCCCAAGCAACCAGGCCUGGGUACAGCAUGUAUGCCAGGGUCCCACCGUAGAUGCCACUGCCUUCCCACCCUGCCACAUUGGACCCUGCGGGGAGCGCUGCCCAGAUGGGGGUGGCUUCUUACUGAUGGUCUGUGCCAAUGACACCAUGUAUGAAGCCCUGGUGCCUUUCUGGCCUUGGCUAGCAGGCCAGUGCAGGAUAAGUCGUGGGGGGAAUGACACCUGCUUUCUAGAAGGGCUGCUGAGUCCCCUUCUGCCUUCUCUGCCACCUCUGGGACCAUCCCCACUCUGUCUGGCCCCCGGCCCCUUCCUGCUUGGCAUGCUGUCCCAGUUACCACGCUGCCAGUCCUCUGUGCCCACCCUUGCCCACCCCACACGCCUACACUAUCUCUUGCGCCUGUUGACUUUCCUUCUGGGUCCAGGGACUGGAGGGGCUGAGGCCCAAGGGAUGCUGGGUCAGGCCCUGCUGCUCUCCAGUCUCCCAGACAACUGCUCCUUCUGGGAUGCCUUCCGCCCAGAGGGUCGGCGCAGUGUGUUACGGACAGUUGGGGAGUACCUGGAACAGGAACAGCCAACCCCACCAGGCUUCGAACCCAUGAGCCUCGGCUCUGGUAUGAGCAAGAUGGAGCUGCUAUCCUGUUUCAGCCCUGUGCUGUGGGAUCUGCUCCAGAGAGAGAAGAGUGUUUGGGCUCUGAAGAUUCUAGUGCAGGCAUACCUGCACAUGCCCCCAGAAAACCUCCAGCAGCUGGUGCUCUCUGCAGAGACGGAAGCUGCACAGGGCUUCCUGACACUCAUGCAUCGUUCCUGGGCUCAGUUGCAUGUACCACCAUCUGAGGAAGAGGCCAUGGGUCGCCUGACAGCCCUUUUGCUACAGCGGUACCCACGCCUCACAUCCCAGCUCUUCAUCGACUUGUCGCCACUCAUUCCCUUCUUGGCUGUCUCUGACCUGAUGCGCUUCCCACCAUCGCUGCUGGCCAAUGAUACUGUCCUAGCUGCCAUCCGGGAUCACAGCUCAGGAAUGAGACCCGAACAGAAGGAAGCGUUGGCAAAGCGACUGUUAGCCCCUGAGCUGUUUGGGGAAGUGCCUGCCUGGCCCCAGGAGCUGCUGUGGGCUGCGCUGCCCCUGCUUCCUCACCUCCCUCUAGAGAACUUCCUGCAGCUUAGCCCUCACCAGAUCCAGGCCCUGGAGGAUAGCUGGCCAGCAGCAGGUCUUGGGCCAGGUCAUGCCCGACAUGUGCUCCGCAGCCUGGUGAACCAGAGUGUUGGGGAUGGUGAAGAGCAAGUACGCAAGCUUGGAUCUCUCGCCUGUUUCCUGACCCCCGAGGAACUGCAGAGCAUGGUGCCCUUGAGUGAUCCAAUGGGACCUGUAGAACAGGGACUGCUAGAAUGUGCGGCCAACGGGACCCUCAGCCCAGAAGGCAGGGUGGCGUAUGAACUUCUAGGGGUGUUGCGUUCGUCUGGAGGAGCUGUGCUAAGCCCCCGGGAGCUGCAGGUCUGGGCCCCUCUUUUCCCUCAGCUAGGCCUCCGCUUCCUGCAGGAACUGUCAGAGCCCCAGCUUAGAGCCAUGCUUCCUGCCCUACGUGGAACCAAUGUCACACCUGCCCAGGCUGCUCUGCUGCUUGGGCGGCUCCUCCCUAGGCAUGAGCUGUCCCUGGAGGAACUCUGCUCCUUGCACCCUCUGCUGCCAGGCCUCAGCCCCCAGACACUCCAGGCCAUCCCUAGACGAGUUCUAGUUGGGGCCUGUUCCUGCCUGGUCCCUGAGCUGUCACGUCUCUCAGCCUGCCAGACCGCGGCACUACUGCAGACCUUUCGGGUGAAGACUGGUGUUAAAAAUACGGGUACAACAGGUGCUGGUGCAGCUGUGUGCAUUCCUGGUCAGCCCAUUCCCACUACUUGGCCAGACUGCCUGCUCCCCCUGCUCCCAUUAAAGCUGCUACAACUGGAUACUGCGGCUUUGCUGGCAAAUCGAAGGCGCUAUCGAGGGCUGCCUUGGUCUGAGCAGCAGGCACAGUUCCUCUGGAAGAAGAUGCAGUUACCCACCAACCUGACGCUCAGAAAUCUGCAGGCUCUGGGAAACCUGGCAGGAGGCAUGUCCUGUGAAUUUCUGCAGCAGAUCAACUCAAUGGCAGACUUCCUUGAUGUGAUACACAUGCUAUAUCGACUGCCCACUGGGGUCCGAGGGAGCUUGAGGGCCUGUAUCUGGGCAGAACUACAGCGAAGGAUGACAAUGCCUGAGCCAGAGUUGACCAACCUGGGGCCGGAACUGAGUGAACUCGACACUAAGCUGCUCCUGGAUUUACCGAUCCAGCUGAUGGACAGAUUGUCCAAUGAAUCCAUUAUGUUGGUGGUAGAGUUGGUACAAGGAGCUCCAGAGCAGCUGCUGGCGCUGACUCCACCCCAUCAGACGGCCCUGGCAGAAAAAGCAUUACUAAAUCUGUUGUGGGGUCCUCCUCAUGGAUUUCGUCCUGAGCAGAUUCUGCAGCUGGGCCGGCUCUUAAUAGGCCUGGGAGAGCAGGAGCUGCGGGAGCUCAUCCUGGUAGAUUGGGGAGUACUAAGCACCCUGGGACAGAUAGAUGGCUGGAGCUCUGUCCAGCUCCGGGUUGUGGUCUCCAGUUUCCUCAGGCAGAGUGGUCAGCAUGUGAGCCACUUGGAUUUCAUUCACCUGACAGCACUGGGUUACACGCUUUGUGGACUGCGGCCAGAAGAGCUACAGCAUAUCAACAGUUGGGAGUUUAGCCAAGCAGCUCUAUUCCUGGGACACUUGCAUCUUCCCUGCUCGGAGGAACAGUUGGAGGUUCUGGCCCACCUCCUUGUGAUGCCGGGCGGCUUUGGCCCAGUCAGUAACUGGGGGCCUGAGAUUUUCACUGAAAUUGGCACGAUAGCAGCUGGCAUUCCAGACCUGGCUCUUUCAGCACUACUGCAGGGACAGAUCCAGGGCUUGACCCCUCUUGCCAUUUCCGUCAUCCCUGCUCCUAAGUUUGCUGUUGUGUUCAACCCCACCCAACUAUCUAGUCUCACCAGUGUUCAGGCUGUGGCUGUCACUCCUGAGCAAAUGUCCUUUCUGAGUCCUGAGCAACGACAAGCAGUUGCAUGGGCCCAGCAUGAGGGGAAGGAGAACCUAGAACAGCUGGGUCGAAGCUCGGCCUGUGGCCUCCAGGACUGGUCACAAACUUCCUGGACACUGGCAUUGACCAUCAGCUUUGUUGGCCACCAUCUUUGAUCCUGUCUCUUCAAUUCAGGGCGAUUGUUGUGGGGAAGGGGACCCUUAUCAUGAAUAAAUACAAAUGCAAAUGCAUCCUAA